AUGCCCGCCAUUCCACCUCUUCUCCCUUCCCUCUCCUCCGCCCCAGGAGCUGUCCCCAGCGUAAGCCUGCCUCUUACCACACAGGCUCCGAUGCCAGCCAUUCCCCCUCUUUUUCCUCCUUUUUCUGUCGUCCCACAAAAUGCCCACAGCGCGAGCAUGCCCCCGCCAGCAGUCACGGCAGCUACCUUUCCUCCUCAAACCCGCUCUCCCUUCUCACUAGCCUCAGCCACGCCCCUUCCAGCCCCGCCAAACGCUCUUGCACUGGAACCGCCCCCCGUACCCAACUCCAUCAGGACGCAAAUUCUGGCAGGUGCAGACAUAGAUCUUUUUUCUCUAUUGUCUCCAAUUUCACCCUCACCCGCCGAUCGCCAAAUCAAUUGCGGCGAUUUUUCAGUCACCCUCAAAAAUUCAGCGCACAACCAGUCACGUAUUUUGUCAUUUGCCGAAUUUACCAUCGCCUUCACCCGCUACUCUGAAGUCAUCUGCGCCACCUUUCCCCACAGGAGACGCGAGCUCAGCGACUAUCUCACGAUAGUCGCUGAACUCGCGCUAUCAUACGGAGGUUCCCACUUCUACACUUAUCACAAGUUGUUUUCCGCCAAAUGUGCCAUCCGCGUAGCCCAGUGGAACCAGUGUCCUUACUGGGGGGCUCUGGACACGGAGCUCCAUAACCGAGUGUUCCUGGGCUGCCGCAACAUUUCUUGCGCAGUCUGCCGUUCUUUUUCCCAUUCCACCAUCGACUGCCCUUUCAUUAAUCCAUCUAUUCCUCCCUGCCCCGAAUCAUCCCAACCCAAAUCCACCAGCUAUGUCCCGCGCCUUAUGGAUACCCCAGCCACACCCACUCCCACAUUUCGCCGCCGCCCAUCUUCCUCCGACAGCCAGCCACCAGGAAAUCUCAGGCAAAAACGCCUCAUAAUCGAUCUCUCAUCUCCACAUAAUUCCCCGUUCCCUAGCAUUAACAGCCUCAUUCCGCUCGAAGAAUUCUCUCUCCAUUAUCACGAUGUCGACCAAGCCAUCACCCUGAUUAAAGAGGCAGGUCGCGGCGCUUGGCUGGCCAAAGUCGACAUUACUUCCGCCUUUAAAGUAAUGCCCAUCCACCCAGGUUUUUGGCACUUAUUCGGCAUCCGCUGGAAGAACAAAUUCUAUUUCGCCGUCCGCCUCACAUUCGGUUGCAGAAGCAGCCCUAAAAUCUUCGACACAUUGUCAGAGGCAAUUUGCUGGAUCCUCUCCAACAAUUACAACAUACCCUACCUGAUUCAUCUUUUAGACGAUUUCUUAAUCAUCUCGCCCCCAGACUCCGUCCCAGCUGCACACCUCUUGACAACUCAAAAGCUCUUCUCAGAGCUCGGGAUUCCCCUCGCCCAAGACAAAACCGAGGGUCCUAGCACAUCCAUAGAAUUUUUGGGCAUCAACUUGGAUUCUCAAAAAUUCCUGGCCUCCCUACCCAAAGAAAAAAUUGACAGGACGAUCCUGGUAGCCUCCACUCUGUUAUCAAAAUCUAGCUGUUCCAAACGCGAACUAUUAUCUAUUCUAGGUCAUCUAAAUUUCGCGAUGCGCAUCAUCCCGCAAGGCCGCCCCUUCAUCUCCCACCUCCUCUCCCUUGCAUCCUCCGCCCACGCUCUAGAGGACAUCAUAUCCAUAACUGACUCGUGCCGCAACGAGCUCAGUCUAUGGAUAUCCUUCCUCAAACAAUGGAACGGCUUAUCUUUCUUCUACAGCAACCUGAUUUCUUCCCCAAUCGAUAUCCAAUUAUAUACCGACGCUGCCCCCUCCGUCGGGUUCGGAGGUUUUUUCAGAGGCCGCUGGUUCGCUUCCACAUGGCCCCCCCAGCUGGCACAUUUGCCACAGCAGCUUUCAUCCUCAGCGCUAUUCGAGCUUUAUCCGUUAGUGGCCGGCCUCCUAUGGGGCAAAGAGUGGUCCGCCACCAGCAUCAUCGUCCACUGCGAUAACGAAGCUACCGUGCACUGCAUUAACAAAGGUCGUUCCCAUUCCCCCGCACUAAUGCCUUUGCUUAGACGCUUGAUUUGGAUUUCGGCUUGUGACCAAUUUAUUAUAACCGCAAAACAUAUUCCCGGGUCAAAAAAUCAAAUUGCUGACUCUCUCUCUCGUUUUGCCUUUCAGAAAUUCAGAUUGCUGGCACCAGAGGCGGACCCGCUCCCAACCCCAGUUCCUCCUUAUUCAGAACUGAUAUUCCCAUGAACCACCCUCUGAGACCUCUCCUCGAAGCGUCCAUUAAUUCCAUUCUUCAAGCUGUCUCCCCCAGGACACUCCAAUCCUACCUU